AUAUAUUCGUAUUUCUUCUUCCUAGCUAUUACUAGGUACUACUAUAUAACUAAUUAUCUCAUUUAAUUUCCAAACAAUUAUUCAAUCAUUAUUAUGGGUUGUGCUUCCUCUAAACAAGUUGACGUCGGAACAGUGGACGUGUACCGUCCGGCAGCCACCAGUUUUGCCGUUUUCGAUAUCAACAGCAUCAAAGAACCAUGGUUGUUGGAAGAAAAAACCGACGAAAAAUCGCCCCCGGACUCACCCGAAAAGCCAGUCGUCACUAACUUACCAAAACCAAUACUCGAUAAACUUGAUAAUAAUGAAGAUGCUCCACGUUCAUGGGAUGAAGUUAGUAAGGAGCUAGAAAACUUGAAGCCCACUUUAAACUCUCCGGCACCGGUUCAGCCUGUUCCAACGCCGGAAGCUACACCGCCGGCGCCACUGAAGAAGGUUAAACGUAGGAGCUUCUCUUUUCAUACUCUUGAAGAACUCGAAAACAAAACAAAGGCAGCAAAUAAACCAACACCCGUGCUGAAAAAAACAGAGUCCAUGAACGAGUUAAGCAAGUUUGGUGCCCGGUUGAAAAGAUCCGAUCCGGGUACUGAAUCCGGGUCGGGUAUGGUACCUCCCCCGGUUAUUGAGGGGUACAAGUCUUUGAGAGAAAACCCGUUUUUGCUACGAGAUCAAGAGGAAAGAGAGAAACAAGGUUUGCCACCACUUUUUAUGAAGAGGGACCCACUUGAGGAUUACCCAGAAAUUUGCCCACCGGGCGGGUCGGAUAAAGUGGUAAUUUAUUCGACUUCGUUGGGUGGGAUCCGGAGGACGUAUGAGGAUUGUAACCGGGUCAGGUCUAUUAUGGAGCUCCAUGGGUUUUUGUAUGAAGAACGGGACAUUUCGUUACAUGGCGAGUUUCGGGCUCAGUUAAAAGAUUUGCUUGGUGAGUUGGUGAAUGUACCUAGGAUGUUUGUUAAAGGUAGGUAUAUUGGUGGAGUAGAUGAGAUUGUUGGACUAAAUGAGACGGGUCGACUCAGGAGGAUACUGAGUCGAGUUGGGAUCGAGAAACAAGUCGGAAGGCAAGCGUGUGAAGGGUGUGGCGGUGCAAGGUUCGUGCCAUGUUUGGAAUGCGGAGGGAGUUGCAAGAUCGUGGUGGAUGGUAAGAAAGAAAAAGAAAGAUGUCCUGAAUGUAACGAAAACGGGUUGAUGUAUUGCCCUAUGUGUUCAUAAGACGCGUGGCUCUGGAUGAAAAUGGAUCUCGAUAUUCGAGUAUUUUUGGCCGGAUUUGUGAAGAACGAAUUCAAUCACCAUUGUACUUUUGUUGUACGCCCUUUGUCUUUCGGGUUUGUAUGUUUUUCUAAGAUAGAAAGACAAUAUAUAAGACGUACGUACGUGUGUUUUUGAAUGAUACAAUGAUCUCAAAUUUUUAGUA